AUGGAGUCAUACAAAGGAAUAGUCCUGGAAGGUGUUUUUGCUGUCGCUAAGCCGGCUCACACUUCUUCAGCAGAGGUGCUCGAGAAACUGCAGACAGCCUUCGCAUCAUCAAAACUUCUUGCACCUCUUCUACAUUCACAACCUAAAAGACCCAGUAAAAGUGAUGAUCAGCUCUUUAGGAUGGGCCAUGGAGGAACCUUGGAUCCGUUGGCAGCAGGUGUUCUGAUCGUAGGUGUUGGGAGGGGAACGAAACAUCUUCAACAGUACCUGGCUUGCAACAAGACUUACGAAACCAUCAUCUCAUUUGGUGCAAGUACUGAUACGUAUGAUUGUACUGGUGUCAUCGUAGAGCAAGCCCAUCCCACACAUGUCACAAAGGCUCUCGUGGAAGACAAACUUGCGCUGUUCCGGGGAGUCAUUACGCAAGCUCCACCCAUCUAUUCUGCGUUGAAAAUCGAUGGAAAAAAGGCCUGUGAGUAUGCGCGCGAAGGCAAAGAGCUACCGCGACAGCUCGCGAGCAGAGAAAUGCGCGUCGAUGAGUGCACGCUGCUCGAAUGGCAUGACCCUACCCAACAUAACUUUCUUUGGCCUGGCCGUGAAGGAGCUGCUCCAGUCCCUGCAGUGAAGAUAAGACUUACAGUAAGCUCUGGCUUCUACGUACGUAGCUUUGCACAUGACCUUGGGCUUGCUUGUGGAACCCAUUCGCAUAUGACUUCGUUGCUUCGGACACGACAGGCAACCUUCACGUUGAACGAUCCACCAGAAUGUCCGGAUUUGGUGCCUGCACUGACGUAUGAGGAGUUGAACGCUGGUCAACAUAUCUGGGAGGCCAAACUUCAGCCGCAGCUCGACAGAUGGAUUAAAGCAAACCUACCCGUCGAGGGUCACAUCAAUGGCAGAAGCAUGGACACUAGGCGUGCCCUCGCCGAAGAGAAGGUCAACAGGCCCAAACAACGAUUUCGAGGCGAGUGGGUUGCGGAUACGAAACAAGAGCGGAUCAAGCAGCAAGGCGGCAAGUUCAAGGGUAAAUGGAGUCGAAAGCCAGCUACAAACAACACACAUGUCGAUGCGACACCGUACUAG